GCGAACAAAGACUCUCUAAACUUAGUUGCAGCAGUUUCUUCCCUCUAGCUAAAAAAAAAAAAUCUAGAAGCAUGUAUCCUAUCCUGCUACUUACAUAUGCACUAUGCAUUUUGGAAGCAACUACCUUGGUUUCAGGAGAGAUGAGAAGCUCUUCAAAGAAAAUUUUGCAUAGGAGGACAAGAGACCCUAAUGCUCCAACUCCAAUGGACUGCAAACUGAGCCCGUGGAGCCAAUGGGGAUCAUGUGACCCAUGCUCAACUCUCCGGUUUCGCUCUAGAAGUGUUCAGCAAUUUGGACAGUUUGGUGGGAAACGGUGCCUGGAAUCAUUGGGAGAUGUACAAAGCUGUAAAACCAACAUACCCUGUCCAGAAGAGCAAGAAAUUGAUUGUGGAGCUGACUUUCGAUGUGAUUCAGGUCGAUGUAUAAAGAGGCGGCUUGUGUGUAAUGUGGACAAUGACUGUGGAGACUCGUCUGAUGAAAGUGACUGUGAGAAGGAUCCCAAAUCACCAUGUCGUGAUCCAGACAUUGAAGUAUCAGAGAUUGGACGGACUGCUGGACAAGGAAUCAACAUUCUAGGGAUGCAGCCUAUGGCAAGCCCAUUUGAAAAUGAGUAUUACAAUGGGGUUUGUGACAGAGUGCGUGAUGGGAAUACCAAAACCUAUUACCGCAAGCCAUGGAAUGUUCCUGUUAUCAAUUACGAUACGAAAGCAGACAAAAAAUUCUCAACUGAGUCCUACAGGGAUCAUGUGACCAUGAUAAGAGAGGUUUAUCAAGAAAAACGAGAACAUUUUUCAGCUUCCAUGUCAAUAAAAUAUACACCUACUGAAGGUGCACCUGCAAAUGUGUCUGCUAACUACCAAUUUUCAAAGAAUAGAAGUCUAAAUUCGAUCUUGCGAGUCUCCAAAGAAACGAAACAAACCUAUUUGCAUGUCAAAGGAAACGUACAACUGGGAAGAUUCCAAAUGCGAAAUCGUGAUGUCCGGCUAACAGAUUCUUUCCUUGAAGAUGUGAAGUAUCUGCCCACUGAAUAUGAAAAGGGGGAAUAUUUUAGAUUUCUAGAAACGUAUGGAACACACUAUGCUGUGUCUGGGACUGUGGGAGGAAAAUAUGAACUUCUGUACGUGUUGGAUGACACUGCCAUGAGUGUAAAAGAACUCAAGGUAGAAGAUGUAAAGAAAUGUCUUGGUUAUAAUUUAGAUGUCAGUCUACUAGAUAAAAGCCUGGAUUUGAAAUCUCAUGUGAAAGGUGGUAAAUGUGAACUCAUCAAUGUGAAAUCAAAUCGGAGCCAUGAUGACAACUGGGUUAUUGAUGACAUCAUUUCUUUGGUUGAGGGAGGAAAGAUUGAUUUUUCCGUUAAAAUAAAAGAAAUGCUUCUGAGAAAUGCCAAAGUGGUUGAUGUAGAGGAUUAUAUUCAGUGGGCUAGCUCACUGAUUGAUGCUCCAGUGCUGAUACAGCAGAGGCCAUCUCCGAUACAUACUCUUGUUCCAGUAAAAAUGAAAGAUGCACAUAUAAAGAAACAGAAUUUGGAAAGAGCAAUUGAGGACUACAUUACAGAGUAUAGUGUGUGCAAAUGUGAGCCCUGCAAAAAUGGCGGGACCUUGUUGCUGGUGGAUGGAGAGUGCACAUGCCUAUGCUCCAGUUAUUUUAAAGGAGAUGCCUGCCAGAUCCCCAAACCAACACCAAAGGAAGUUAAAAGCGUCACUGAUGGGGGCUGGAGCUGUUGGAGUGCUUGGUCUGCCUGUGCACAGGGAGAACGCACUCGAAGUCGCCAGUGUAAUAAUCCUGCACCAGGACCAGGGGGCAAGCCGUGCCAAGGUGACAGCAUUGAAAAAAGCUAUUGUUCCUAAGUAAAAUAAUUGUACACGUCUAAAAAAGGUGUUUGUUACAAAAACAAUACAGCCUUCAAGACCUGCAUGAACUCUGCAAUUAUUUUACUGCUCAAACUUCCUGUUGGCAGAAGAGAGAUCAGGCCAAUGGAAUUAUAUGCUCCAUGAGUGCCUAUAGCUAAAACAAUUUAUGUUCAAAAACAAACUAAGAUUAAAAAAAUGUUUGAUGAGAUAA